AUGGUCCGCUCAACAACAAUCUUCCGCGUCAGCGACGCCCUCCCGCUCGCAGCUAGUGUUGACGACGAGAGCACAGAGAAAGCUCUGACGGAGUACAAGCAACAGUCGAAAUUGGUCUUCCGACGCUUGAAUGCCAAUAGCGAACCGGCGUGCUCGAUAGAAUCAGGGCAAUACACCUUACACUACCUUAUCGUCGAGAAGGUCAUCUAUAUGUGUAUCUGUGACUCGUCAUAUCCGCGGAAAUUGGCGUUCUCAUACCUCGACGAGCUGAGCAAGGAGUUCCAGCGGAGUUAUGAGGGGAAGAUUGAGGGUGUGACACGGCCGUAUGCGUUCAUGGGGUUCGACACCUUUAUCUCGAAGACGACACGCCUGUAUAAAGACUCUCGAACCCUCACACAAGGCGCAGGCGGGAGCUCCGCACCCCCAUCUCAGCUCGACCAGCUGAAUGAGAAUCUGCAGGACGUGACGCGGAUCAUGACGAAGAAUAUGGAGGAUCUGCUGUGGCGAGGAGAUAGCUUGGACCGCAUGUCGCAUCUUUCGACAUCGUUGCGGUCAGAAUCGGCAAAGUAUCGGAAAGCGGCGCGGAAUAUCAACCUCGAGCUGUUAUUAAGGAAGUGGGCACCGGUGGGCGGAAUAGGGCUGUUUAUGAUUCUCUUUAUAUGGUGGCGGUUCUUCUGA